AUGAGUUGUAGCAUUAAGCAGACAACUGGCUCUCUGAGGGGCAGGACCAGUGGUGGCAGCUGCGUUAUCGGUGGCGGUGGUGGUGGCGGAGGAGCGCGCAUCUCCUCGGUCUCCUCUGGAAGAUACACGACCUGCGGGAUAGGUGGGAGCAGAGGGUUUUCCGGUAGGAGCUACUGCGGUGGUGUGAAUUACGGAGGAGGACUGAGCACCGGCAGUUUGGCCGGUGGAAACUACGGAGGCGGCUUAGGAGCUGGUGUCCUCGGAGGAUGCUCAGGCAUUGGAUUCAGCGGUGGCAGCGUCCGCUUUGGCGGUGGCAUUGGCAGUGGCAUUGGUAUUGGCCUCGGUGGUGGGGUAGCUGGCGGGGGCUUUUCUGGUGAUGGCAUCCUUCUCUCUGGUGACGAAAAGGUGACCAUGCAGAACCUUAACGAUCGCCUGGCGUCUUACCUGGACAAGGUGAGGUGCCUGGAACAAGAAAACGCUGACCUGGAGUGCAGGAUCAGGGAGUGGUACGCCAAGCAGGGCCCCUUCUGCGAGCCCCGGGACUACAGCUGCUACUAUAAAGAAAUUGAAGAUCUGCAAAAUCAGAUUGUCUGUGCAACCAUAGACAACAACAAGAUCAUCCUGAACAUUGACAACAGCCGGAUGACGGCCGAUGACUUCCGAGUGAAGUACGAGACGGAGCUGGCCCUGCGCCAGAGCGUCGAGGCCGACAUCAACGGGCUGCGCCAGGUCCUGGACCAGCUCACCCUGUGCAGGUCCGACCUGGAGACGCAGCUGGAGUCCCUGCGCGAGGAGCUCUGCUGCCUCAAGAAGAACCACGAGGAGGAAAUGUGCUGUCUGAGGAAGCAAGCGACUGGAGAUGUGAGCGUGGAGGUCAACGCCUGUCCCGGGCCAGACCUCAGGAAGAUCCUGGAGGAGAUGAGGUGCCAGUAUGAAACGCUGAUCGAACGCAAUCGCAAGGAAGUUGAGGAUUGGUACGAGUGCAAGAUUGAGGAGGUGAAUCGGGAGGUGAUCACCAGCGGCCAGGAGGUAGAGACGUGCAACAACCAGGUCACGGAGCUGCGACGGCAGCUGCAGGCCCUGGAGAUCGACCUGCAGGCGCAGCUCAGCCAGAGGGAUAACCUGGAGUCGUCCCUGGCCGAGACGGAAUGUCGCUACAACAACCACCUUGCCGAGCUGCAGAGCCAGAUCACGUGCGUGGAGCAGCAACUGGCCGACCUGCGCGCCGAGAUGGAGUGUCAGAACCAGGAGUACAAGAUCCUGCUGGACGUCAAGUGCCGCCUGGAGCAGGAGAUCCACACGUACCGCUGCCUGCUGGAGGGCGGCCAGCAGGACCUCAUUCAGCAAGGAGGAAUUGGCCAGUCCUCGGGCCUGGGAGGAGGUGUUACACGAACGAGCGGGAUAGGAGGAGGCGGUAUCAUUAGGACGAGCCACACUUACACCACGUCUUCCCAGAUCCCGUCCUGCGGAGCGGCCGAGAUACAAGUGCCUUGCAGGAGGAUUUGUGACUAA